AGGUGCAGGCAGGGAGGAUCCAAACAUUGGGAUCUGUACACGAUUUCUUUGUUCUCGGAGUGGAAAGUUCUGACGCUUCCCCACCCCGCAUACAGGUGCCUUUGGACGAGCAGGGAUGACACGUUUUGGGUGACACUGAAUACUUUUUUGAGGACAGGAGGGAACUGAGUACACUAGUAAAAGGUGGCGGGGAACGCCGGGUGUCACUUCUUUUUUUCUUGUAAUGACAUGGCACGCCGAGUAGAGCCGCUCACUUCUAAACGGAGACCAGCUCCAGGAGAGGAGCACUUGCGUGCCAAGUAGUGACGCUCGGUGCUUUUGGCAGGGAUCCUGCGGCUCUGCCCGAGUUAAAAAAGACGAGAACACGGCGAGACAUGGAGCCGCUUCGGUGCGUGAGACUCGCAGCACUUUUGUGCACAGUGGUAGACAGCAAGGUGAUCCUGGAGGGUCUGCAGAGGUACACCCCGAUGCCAAUCUAUCUGCCUGUCAGCUACCGGAUCCUUAAUGCUGAGUCAGCUUUUUUCCUACAGGAGGCAAACCAGGAUUUAAUGAGGAAUUCCAGCCUGCAGGCCCGCACUGAGUCCUUCUUCAUCCACCAGGCUCGCCACACGCCCUUUGUCAAUGCUAGCUAUGGGCCGCUAUCGGUCCAACAGCCCGUCUCGCUGGAGAUGCUGCAAACGCAGCCUGGGCCGUUCAACCAGCACACUUUUAAUUCACCGCCAGAGCCAACAUCGGCGUCCCUGUCUCCUCUCUUUACAUUCAACUGGAAGGUUCACACUUAUAUCAUCAAUGAGAGAAUCCAGCCCAGCUGGCCCAAGGUCCAAGUGUUGUUCUACAUAGGAGGGCGGGACUGGGAUGACUACAGCGCCAUCCAAAAGCUGCCCUGCAUCAGGAUGUUCGCCUUCCACGAGACCCAAGAGGUGCGGGGGACAUGUAGGCUGAAAGGUGAACUCGGGAUUUGUGUUGCGGAACUGGAGCCUCUUGCCAGCUGGUUCAGCCCACCCACUGUCAGGCCAGGUCGGCAGAGAGUGUCCGAGCAGGCCCAGGGAACCCCUGUGGAGCUCUAUUACAUGGUUCAAACCACCAACAGUGGGGACUGUAAUGCCGAGGACUCCAGGAAAGGCAGCACCAUUCGCACGGAGCAGCACGGCCCGAUGGGGUACUCUGCCGGGCACACAGCCAUGCAACGCAUCGGGAGCGUCAGGCUCUUCCAGCCGCUAUCGGAGCUGAAGCUUGACAGCAACUUUUUGGUCAUGGUGCCCUCCAAACCCAUCCGUCAGAGAGAAACCGUCUCAGCGUUUCUGGCUCUGUCGACACUUUCUUCUGUGCAGAUCUUCACCCUUAGGGUGAAGCUGAAGGACGGAGUGGCAUUCCUGGGGGCCAGAGCCAGUAACCCCGUGGUGUGGACAGUGAGUCAGGAUGUCAGAAGUGAAGGUCACAGAGUUGUCACUCUGCACUGUCGAAGGAAGGAGAACAGCUUUGGUCAAAGAGGGGAGUCGGUGGGCUACCAGCGAGUGUUGCAGGUGGAUCUGGAGGUGAACGGGCUGAUGGCGCCUGAGGGUGGAAGAGAGGUGACUUGGCAGGUGGAGUAUCCGCUCACCCGCACCCUGACCAGUGAGGUGCAGACCCUCAUCCGCCUGGCACCGCAGGACCUUGGUGGCAUCGUGCCACUAGCAAUGGACACAGAGAUCUUAAACACGGCCGUCCUCACCGGACGUACAGUCGCUGUGCCUGUAAAGGUCGUUACCGUGGGGACAGACGGGACAGUAUCUGAUGUGACCGAGUCGGUGGAAUGCAAGUCAACAGAUGAGCAGGUUAUUAAGGUUUCAGAGAGAUGUGACUACGUGUAUGUGAAUGGAAAAGAGACGAGAGGAAAGCGCAGCGUGAUGCUCAACUUCACCUACAGCUUCCUGAGUGCGCAGCUGGAGAUGAGUGUGUGGAUGCCCCGCCUCCCUUUGCUCAUUGACAUGGCCGACCCUGAACUCAGUCAAAUCAAGGGCUGGAGGGUCCCUGUUGCGUCUGGGAAAAAAAGAUAUGACGACAAGGGGGAUGAUGACGCGGAUGAGGAGAGGACGGAGAACGCUUGCGCACCUCAGUACCAGAGCACCACCCUGCAAGUCCUGACACAUUUUGUGUCUGAAACUGAAGAGGUCCAAGGUGCUGCUGAGGAAGAUGAAGAAGGCCAGCAGAACUUUCUUCUGGGGAGCGACUGGCAAGUGGACGUGACGCAAUUGGUCAAGGACUUUCUGAGGGUGGAUGACACAAAGAUUGCCCAGUUAUGGAAAGGCCAAGUCAUCAUCGGGCUAAGCGCCGGAACAACCAAAAUACAAGUGCUGUCUCCUCUGACAUCAUUGGUCCUGGCUGAGAGGAGCAUCAGGGUCUUGGAUGACAAAGUGAGUGUGACAGAGCUGGGGGUGCAGUUGGUAUCUGGCCUCUCGCUGUCCUUGCACCUUAGCCCCGGGAGCAACCGUGCCAUUGUCGCCACCGCCACCACACAGGAAGUCAUUGAAGCUCCCCAACAGGAAUCCUUCAUCAGUGCCUGGCUACAGUUCAGCGAUGGCUCUAUGACCCCACUGGAGAAUUACGACCCCGCCCAUUUCACUCUGACAGCCACCUCAUUAGACGAGCAGGUGGUGGUCGUGCAGCGCAAUGCCGCAUGGAGGUGGCCCGUCAUUUUGGCAAAGGGUGAAGGUCAAGGUUUGCUUGUGCGUGUUGAAAUGUCCGAGGUGUGCCAGAAGGGGAAACGGCGCAGCAGUUUAGCCACCGGGAUGGCCAAUGUACAGGUGAGGUUUGGAGGAGCGGAGGACCACUAUAAACAUUCAGGAGAGCGGCGGACACGGCCAGAUCCACCUUAUUAUGGCGGGUCUAUCUCAGAUGUGGAAACUGGGCUGAUUAACCGUGGAGGCACGACCAUCAGGGGCCACGUCCCAGGGAGGCCCAAUGGGGGCCGUCUCUCUGCGGACACGGGACGAAAGAUCCCGGGAGAUUUAUCAGACUUUCCGGACCAGGUUGAGCAUCCUCGGAGUCGCAGCACUGAUGACGACCUGCCGACCCGAAGAGCUAUGACCGAUUUGGAGAUUGGUAUGUACGCGUUGUUGGGAGUCUUCUGCCUCGCCAUACUGGUAUUCCUCAUUAACUGCAUCUCUUACACAUAUAAAUACCGGAGCAAGCACCUGUCCCUAGAAGCCCCGGAGACCAUGCCCCAUUCCCAUGACUGGGUUUGGCUGGGCCAAGAGGAGGGGCUAUGCCUGCAGCAACAGCAACUGGACGAGUUGGCUGGCACCCCCGAGGAAGGGAGCCAAUUGUUAAACGGAGGGGCCCAGCACGGGACUACAGGCACAGGAGGAUGUCGGGAUCACAGGAAUGAGUCACUUAACUCCCCGACCACUAAGAGAAAGAGAGUGAAGUUCACCACCUUUUCCAACGUCAAAUCCAGUAAUGGAUGCCCUGUGCUUAGCCCGUUAGCAUUAGUGCAAACCAGCGAGAUAAAGUGGGUUUGUCCAGACAUUGAGCUUGGGGACUCCAAGGAUCUUAGGAACUACAUGGAAAAGUUGAAUGAGAAAGCUAAUAAGAACAUUGCUUAGGGGCUUCAGUGAACUUAAGUGAAACUCACCUGACUGCCUUCAGAAUGAGAAAAGAAAGUAAAGCGAAAUAAGGGAUGCAGAAAUAGAGUUUGCUCUUGUUUCAUUGUAUCAAACUUUAAUACACGGCUUGGACUUUGGAACUCUGGACGACGGCACCGAAAAAAGACCAAGUGACCGUGAGAAGAAUUUGCCACAGCACCACUACAUUGUUACAAAAAAAAGAGAAUCUUGAUAUUGUUGCUUAACUUAAAUGUUUGUUCUUGGUAUUUAAUUGAGUUUCAUAUUCUGUGCGUCCAGUACUUUGGUUUGUUUUUAUACUUUACUGUUGUAUUGUUUGUGCUCUGCUUGCUUUUGCAGAGUUGCUGUAUGCCCUGUACGCAAAUCAGCAGAUACAGAUUCUUGGAUACAUUUUUUUACCUACGUAUAUAAAUGCAGAGUUUGAUUUAGAGCUAUUAUAUGUACAGUAACAUUUUGUAUAAAGCCAUUUUCUUUGUUUUGUUAUUGGUUUCUUUGUUGCUUUGUCUCCAGAAACCAGAUCGAUCCAUGGUGUCAAGGUGGAUUGCGUGUUGGAUCUGGUACCUGUAGUGGAGAUAAUUGUGUAGAUAAUUAAUACCCCUGGCAACAUGUCAGUUUCGUAUUAUAGCAGUCACACAUUGUAAAAUGAGUUUUGGGUUAACUUCUGUACGGUGAUACUGAUAUCCGUUUUUCCCCUCUUAAUGUUAUAUGAAUUGAUUAUGCUACCCCUUUGAUUGUAUGACUCAAUUAUAGUUUACCGCACUUUUUUUUUAUCAUUAGGGGUCCCCACAGUGAGUCAACUGCAUGUUUGAUUUGGCUUUGUUUUAUGCUGGAUGCCCUGCCGCAUCCCUGCUUGAGACCAGCACUGGACUUCUCCAACAGUUAUAUGGCCCUGGCCCGGGAAUCGAACCUGCACCGUUUGCACGAAAGGCAUCAUUACGUCACCAGGGAUUUAUUUAAUAGAACACAGACGUACUUAAAAAUAUGGAUGAAGACCAUCACAGACAAUCUGCUAUUUAUAAGAGUUCAGCCCACUUCACCAUCUGUACGGCCCAAAUUACACACUUAAGGAACUUUAUGUGACAUUUUGGAUCCCAGAAAAACAGUCAUGACA